UCACUUUUUACUUUGUCGUGGUACUACCUAUCUUUAGUUGAAAUAAAGUAUUUGAUAAUAUCAUAAGCACCUAAAGUUUUAAUAAAUGCGGUUAUGACUUGGACAGCAGUGUUAAGGUGUAAGAAAAUAGUAACAGUGUGUUUGUGAAGUAUCAUUAUGGAUCCAGAGAGACCUGGGACUAGUAUUAAUCACGGAAAACGAUCACGACCUAUACUCCUGCAACCGAGUCCAAAGAUCCCGAGACUGUCAGCUUACGCCGGUUCAACGUCGAGCGCCGUACUCAAAAAUUCAAAAAAGUUCGGUCCAAACUCGCUGCAGAAGAACCUUGUAACAUAUAAUACGAGUGACAUUCCUGCCCCAGGGACUGUAGUCCCGGAUAAGCACGUUCGAAAGGCUGGCCCGUACUUACUUGGCCCCAAAUUGGGUCCGAGUCCUGUGAAAAGUAUCGUACAAUGUUUGGCCCGAAAAGAAAAAACAGAUGAGUUUUAUCAGAUAAAAAUUUUGACGCUCAGACAUGAGGGCCAAGUCGAAACUCAGGACGACAGGCAGGGCAAGAUGCUGCUGCAUACAGAGUAUUCAUUGUUGUCGUUGUUGAAAGACCAAGAUGGGGUUAUCCAUCAUCAUGGCCUUUUUAAGGAUCAUGCUCUAGAAGAAAUGCCAAAUCCAAAUGGCCCAGGCUGCGUAUACACUGGUAGAGUAAAACAAAGACUGUUUUUAGUAUUAGACUGUGUUACCUCUCACCAGUUUAGUGAGAAGGGUAAUGAAUUGAUCAACUUACAGCAAUAUGUUACUAAAGUGAAGAAAGUUCCAGAGAAAGAGGCCAUACUAAUAUUUUAUGAUAUUGUGAGGGUCGUGUCCAAUUUACAUAAGAGAAAUAUAGUGCACAGAGAUCUUAAAUUAGGUAAUAUUGUAUUGAACCAGAGGACUGGCCGGGUUGUGAUAACGAAUUUCUGUCUCGGCACCCAUUUGGGUAGCGAUAGAGAUUUGUUGAAGGAUCAAAGAGGGUCCCCAGCUUACAUAUCACCAGAUGUGUUGAUGUGUAAGCCGUACCACGGGAAGCCGUCUGACAUGUGGGCGCUGGGAGUGGUGUUGUAUACCAUGCUGUACGGACAGUUCCCGUUCUGUGACACCAGUCUCGCUCAGCUGUUCAGUAGGAUACAGGCUGCCAAUUAUAAUAUUCCGCCAGAUGGCAACUCCGUGCAAGUUAGUGACAACACAGUGUUUUUAAUUCAGAGGCUGCUUGUGAAGGAUCCCAAACAUAGAUUGCUGGCUGAUCAGGUGCUAGACCAGCUGUCCAGUAUAAUAGCGGGGUACGUGACGGUACCCAACCCGCCCGAAGACCUGCAGGUGGUGCCGGACAUCAAGCUGGACGAGGUGGACAAACCCAAGGAGGAGAAGGUGGAGCAGCUACCCACCACACCCGAUAGUAACGAGAGAACGCCUAAUUCUAGUGACGAGCUCGGUGUAUACUGCGUGCCGCUACCAGACUUUCUGGCUCUGAACUUUCCCUCGCAGAACCGAAGUCAAAGCAUGAUCAUACCCACCAGCACCGAAUCCACCAACCAGCGGCAGAUCACAGUCCAACGAAUCGGCAGGGACGGCAGACCACUGCUGCCAUGCGAGAUAGCCAGAUACCAACACAUGUUCACGAAUAGGGAGUCAAGAAGUGAGAGGAAUUCAGUGCCAGAAAACAGUGCCCGUCCGGAGAAUGUCAGACUUAGGAACUUAGCUCAGCGGAUACCCAGGUUGAAUACUUCCAAUGAUAUCAGACUUAUACCUAUGGAAAGAAGAGACCGGUUAGACCAGGAGUAUGUGCUAAGGUUGCCGCUUCUAGACAUCUCCAGGAUGCAAAACAAUAGGAUAAUGAACCCCGCUCCGGUGCAUUCUGUGAACCCUGAAGCGGUUGUCAAUAACCCUAGACCACCUGUAGAUAAUGUAGAUAUGGAGUAUAACUGAAAGUAUAAAAAUUAUUUACUAUAAGAUAAGUUGAU